ACACAGAGGGAAUGGAAAACAAAACUUUAUAACAAAAAUAAAUAAGAAAAAAACCUAAAAAUAAGAAAGUCUGGUGAUAUAAAGAUGGAUGGAUGAUGGUGUGACAGGUCGCUGGCCAGCUAAAAAUCCUCUCACAUCGUCGUUGUCCGUCUCUUCUUCCUCGUUCAUACAAUCGUUCGGUCGUCUUUUUUUUUCGUAUUUUAUCCGUGGAGGCUUUUUUUUUUUUUUUUUUUUUUGCUUUUCUUUGCGAGAUCUGUGUUGGGACAGAACUUCGCCUCUUCUUUCUCUUCCCCUCUUCCUCUCUUCCUCUUCCUCUUCAUCUUCAUCUUCCUCUUCAUCUCCAUCCCCCUCUUGAUCCCUAGCAAAGGAGCCACAAAGCAACCGAAAGGUAAGUGCAGAUCUAAACUUCAGUCUCCGGAUGUAUGACUUGCAUCCCUCGUUUCGGCGGCUGGGAUACGCGCGCUUCGAGACAAGGGCCCAGGACCGAUAGACCAGAUCUCAA